AAGAAAUGUCAAAUAUAUUUAUCAAACAACUAAGGAAACUGGAUCAGUAUAUAAAUACCCAAGAAAAAUGAAGAUUCAUAAUAGUAUCUUUCUGUAUUCCUUUGUAUAUUCAAUCGACAACAUGCCGAUAAGAAAUUCAUUUUUUGCUAGUAUUUUUCUAUUUGUUACAUUCAUAACAAGUUGUGUAGCCCACAGCACUUGUGUCCCUUCUUUCUGUGGUGACGAUCGAGAAAUAAAAUUUCCCUUCCGAUUGAGGACUGAUCCCGAGCAUUGUGGUAAGCCCGGAUAUGAACUCGAUUGCCAGAACAAUCAAACCGUUUUCAAUUACAAGUCGCGGAAAUUCUACGUGCAGGAAGUUAACUACAGAAGUUACACAAUAAGGCUACUCGACCCCAGCCUAAGAAAUCAGAAAGAAAACUGCAGCGUUUUUCCAGAUCACAGGGCAAGUUAUGAUGCCAUGACUAGCCUAAUCUUUGGAUGGCUUCCUGUUGACAACGACAUCAACUAUGUCAACUGUCGAGGUCCUAUCAACUCGUCACGUUACAUACCUACAAGUUUUUGUAGCACAAAUACAAAUGCCCCCAAUUCCGGUUUUACCUAUCUUGUCAUAGGAGAAAUAUUGCAAGAUUCGGACUUGGCAGGCGGUUGCAGGGUUGAAACUGUGGCAUGGUCCGCAACUCCGGGCAUUUCACCAAAUAAAUCGUCUUCGUUAACAAGCAUUCAUCAAGCUCUGGCUUAUGGUUUUGAGCUUACUUGGAGGAGUGAUUUCUUAUGCAGAAGGUGUAGCAGAGAUGACAGUUGCAUUUUGGAAGAAGACAACGAUGUACCAAUUUGUCGUCAUUAUUGCAAAGAGGACACUCCCGUUUCAGAACGUUCUUUUGGAUGCAAAGUCGAGUACUAUUCUGUUUUUGUAUUAUUCUAUGGCGGUAUAGCAAUAGGUCUAAAAUAUCUUGUGGGAAUACCAAUCUUGAUUGCAGUCGUGGUGUGGCAGUGCAAAAGAAGGAAUUUGAACACAUCGAAUGAUGAUGGCUUGGGGAAUAAAGCUUCUUCCAGUGAACAGAAUUGUUAGGAGUCUUGAUUUUAAGUGAUCAUAGUUUUGUUAGUAUUAUUUAUAUACAAUCAAAGAAACCAUUACAGAAACUUUCGUAUAUUUUGUUCAGAACUUUGGAACAAGGUCAAUCUAGUUACUAAUGCUGGGAUAUUUCUUUCCAGUUUAGUCCUGUAUAUUUGUAAUAUUCUUAUAUAUUUGAUUUAUUUGUUCUUUUCUUAAA